UCUCGCAGCGUGACCCAGUGCGUCGCCGACCAGCGAGUGUGGCGCGCGACUCAGGGACCGCGACAGCGCGACGUAAUGGCGACCGCUCCGUGCACAGCUGCAGCCUUGCUGGCGGCUGUCAACGUCGUAUGGUUUGCGUCCGGUGCCGGCAUCAGAUUGGAAGGAGGUCAGCCCUGCGCCGUGCGCUGGUACAACUACUCGAGCUUCGUGUGCGUCUGCAACGCCACCUACUGCGACGCGCCACCGCCGAGACCGGCGCUCCCCGCCGGCCGAAUCGCGCACUACACCUCCUCGCGCUGCGGGCAGCGGCUGGCGCUGUGCUUGCGCAGCUUCACAGAUCCAACUGAGCAACAGUCUGGGGUGGCGCGCCUGCGGGUGGACACGAGCCAGCAGUUCCAGCAGAUGCUGGGCUUUGGCGGUGCCAUGACGGACUCCACGGCCAUCAACAUCAGGGCGCUCAGCUCGGCCACCCAGCAGAAGCUGCUCAGGAGCUACUUCGGAAGAAGCGACGGCAGUUCGCAGUACUCGCUGGUGCGCCUACCCAUGGGCGCCACUGACUUCUCGACUCGCGGAUACACGUACGACGACAGCGAGGAGCCUGACCCGUCUCUGAAGAACUUUACUCUCCAGCCGGAAGACAUCGAGUACAAGAUUCCGCUUCUGCUCUGGGCGCAGAGCCUCAGCGACGAGAGGCUGAAGAUACACGCGGCGCCCUGGACGGCCCCACACUGGAUGAAGGCCUCCAAUGGGACGACCGGCAUCACGUGGCUACAGCCCAGAUACUACCAGGCCUGGGCCGACUACUUCGUCAAGUUCCUGAAGGAGUACAGGCGGCGCGGCGUGGACGUGUGGGCCGUGUCGCUGCAGAACGAGCCCACGUCCGGCGCCGUCGUCAACUACGGAGUCAACAGCAUGGGCUGGAGUGCCCAGGGGCUGCGCCGCUUCCUCGAGGGUUUUCUGGGCCCCACGCUGCUCCGCGACUCCUCCGUGGCCAGCACGGGCAUCAUCAUCGGGGAGGACACUCGCGCGUACUUGGAUUGGACCCUCCAGAUCCUGGAUGGCGCGGCAGCGCAGCGGCUGACUAACGGCGUGGCGGUGCACUGGUACCAGGACUCUACCACCGGCCCCGGCGUGCUGGACGAGUUGCACCGAAACCACAGCGACCUCUUCAUCCUCUACACAGAGGCCUGCUACGGUCCGUUCUUCGGCAGCGGUUACCCGACGGUGAGGCUGGGAUCGUGGGAACGAGCAGAGAACUACACCAGCGACAUCAUACAGGUGACGAACCAUUGGACGUCAGGCUGGGAGGACUGGAACAUGGUGGUGAACACCGAGGGCGGCCCCAACUGGAGCAGCAACCCUGCGGACGCGUCCAUAGUGUCAAACGCGACGGCGGACGAGUUCUACAAGCAGCCCAUGUACUACGCCAUCGCGCACUUCUCGCGCUUCGUGCCGCGCGGAUCCCGGCGCGUCAGCCUCCAGAUGGACGCCGACGCCAACUCCAACGACGUCGAGAGCGUCGCCUUCCUCACGCCUCAGGAUGACGUCGUCGUCGUCCUGCAGAACAAGCAGGAGACGGGGCGCUCCGUGGUGGUGUGGGACCCCCAGCUGGGAGAGGCGUCGCUGUCGCUGCCCGCCCACUCGAUGCACACGCUCGUCUACCAGCGAGCCGGCAACACUGUCUGAAUGCCGCUUCUGCACCGUAGUGCUAUGUAAACGCACACAUACUGCUGAUUAAAUAAACACAAAACUACAGUGUGAUAAAAUCUA